UUUAACAAAGUUUUAAUUUAAAAAACAAUUAAAACGUGGAAACUUUUUAUAUUUAUGUGCAGAUUUAUCCACAAACUGAAACUAAGGUUUUCAUUCCUUCAGUGUUAGAUAUAUAUAUAUAUCUAUAUAUAUAUAUAUAUAUUUUUUUUUUUAAACAAUUGUGAUUAAUUUUUUAAUCUAAAAUCCCCCAUCAGAUAAGAUGGGCUGCAGCAGUCACUGUAAAAAUUCCAUUCAUGCAUUUGGUGGACCUGGCUCCUCCUCCUCCUCCUCCUCCUCCUCCUCCCUCCUUAUCGGCGAGCAGACAGGAUGGGGUGGGGGGUUGCUAUAAUAAAACAGAGAAGCUGAGGGCAGAGACAGAGCGAGGAGGCUUGUGCAGCGAUGCUCUGCCGGCUGGAGCGCAGUGAUGAAGAACCCCCUGAUUCCUCAGACUUGAUUUAGGGUUUUAUCGAACCAGAACGGGAAAACAAAAACAUCUACAGACGACUGCCUUCUGAAAAAGAGAGGGAAGGUUUUUUCUUGGAUUGCUAGAACCAUCAUGAACUCCACUCUGGUCCCGAAUAGGAGCCUCUCCUCGGGCACGCUCCCUCCCGACUUGGCGGGGCAGAAGGACUCGUCGGCGGGAUGCUACGAGCAGCUCCUGAUCUCCACAGAGGUGUUCCUCACGUUGGGCAUCAUCAGCCUCCUGGAAAACAUCCUGGUCGUUGCCGCCAUCGUCAAAAACAAGAACCUUCACUCCCCCAUGUACUUCUUCAUCUGCAGCUUGGCGGUGGCCGACAUGCUGGUCAGCGUCUCCAACGCGUCCGAGACGAUCGUCAUAGCGCUCAUCAACGGAGGCAACCUGAGCAUCCCCGUCACGCUGAUCAAGAACAUGGACAACGUCUUUGACUCCAUGAUCUGCAGCUCUCUGCUGGCCUCCAUCUGCAGCCUGCUGGCCAUCGCCGUCGACCGCUACAUCACCAUCUUCUACGCCCUGCGAUACCACAACAUCGUCACGCUGCGGCGAGCAGCCGUGGUCAUCAGCAGCAUCUGGACGUGCUGCAUCAUGUCGGGUAUCCUCUUCAUCAUCUACUCGGAGAGCACCACGGUGCUCAUAUGUCUCAUCACCAUGUUCUUCACCAUGCUGGUGCUCAUGGCUUCCCUCUAUGUCCACAUGUUCCUGCUGGCGCGCCUGCACAUGAAGCGGAUCGCCGCGCUGCCGGGCAACGCGCCCAUCCACCAGCGGGCGAACAUGAAGGGCGCCAUCACCCUCACCAUCCUCCUGGGAGUGUUCGUGGUGUGCUGGGCGCCCUUCUUCCUGCACCUCAUCCUCAUGAUCACCUGCCCCAGGAACCCCUACUGCACCUGCUUCAUGUCGCACUUCAACAUGUACCUCAUCCUCAUCAUGUGCAACUCCGUCAUCGACCCCAUCAUCUACGCGUUCCGGAGCCAGGAGAUGAGAAAAACCUUCAAGGAGAUCUUCUGCUGCUCCAACGCUCUCCUGUGUGUGUGAUUUGUGCGACUGUGUUUGAGACAACUUCAGAAACUCUGCAGGAGUGUAGCAGGAACGCCUAUGAAAGAAAACGGCUCCAACCUCUGGAUUCCACUGGAACACGAAAGGUUUCAGAGAUGACCUGACGGCAGCAGCAGGAGCCCAACCUGAGACGGAGGACGAUGGACAGAGGCGCUUUUCAUGGCCAAUAUGGCGAUUAUUGACCCCUGUGGCUUGCCAUAAACCGCCCCUCUGACAAUUCGUGAACACACCACCGGCAUCAAGAGAAAAAAGCAGAAACAUUUCAUCUUUGGUAAUGUUAGUUCUAAGAUGCACUCGGAUUGUGGUGAAUGGAGCCAGAACAGUGUGAAGAUGUUUCAUGGAGACUCCAUCAGAUCCCUGGAAUGAUGAUAAAACGACUGAACAAAGGAGCACAAGCAACAAAAAACCCCUCAGGUCCAUCUUCCAGACGAUAAAUAGGAUUAGAAAUGUGAAAAAAGUCUAAAAUUGUGAAUUUCUCAGGCACUAAUGAAACGACCAUUAUGCAUCCUUCAUGUUGGUUUUGUUUUGUCACAAAGUACCUCAUAUAAGAAAAUGAAUCAAAACUUAUCUUAUUUAUUUAAGUUAUUUAUUUUUUUAUUCAUCAAUUGCUGACUUUUUUGGGGUCGUUCUCCCAGUCUGGACCAGGUAACCCAACCAGAAUCUUUCCACUUUCAAGUCAGAUAUUUGUGAUUUUUGUGUAUAUUUGAGUGAAUUUGCACACGUGGAUUGACACAUUCACUUGAAGCAUGUCUAUGUGACGAUAAAAACGUCUAUUUUUCUGUGAUGUGUUUGUGUAACCUGUUGCUUUUCAUUGCUGCCUUAAACGCGCUGCACUGUGAUGUAAAACUAGAAGCAUUUUCUCCGACAGCGUUUGAGAAUUAUAGUUGUCGUGCGUCUGUGAAACCUCUUCAGUGUUGCCUUAUUUAUUUAUCACCUUAUAGACUUGAACGGCACCCUUGAGCUUUAAAUUGCACAACAAGUUUGAUGUUAAUGGAAAUGUGGCCCGCUGGGAAUGUGAUGUGUGUGCCACUGUACCGGUGUUUGUACAAAUCACUCAAUAAACCAUAAAGCCUCAGCUGUGCUGCCUCUCAUUCUUCAGGCUCCAGAUCCCGACUGAUCCUGCCGCCCACUUCUAAAAGACAAAAUACAUGCAUGAAUUAAACCUGAUUACCCAGAAUCCUUUAUGUCACCUGAUUAACCCAGGAUGAAUCUGUGCUGAAAGGUUAAAUCAAGAAAAUAAAGGGCAAAAAAUGGAAAAGUACAUAAAAAAGGUUUUUGUAAAAUGUAAAAACGGAUGAGAAACAAGUCACUGAUAGUUUCUAAAGAUAAAGAGACAGCUGUGAGACUCCAGAGAACCUCAUUUAAACUGUAAUAAUCAGAGAAGAACCUUCAAGAACGAGGGACCAAAAGGGUUUUGAGACUAUGACACAUAAUCCAGGAGGUCAUAAGGAGGCAGAAGAAGUAAAAAAGAAAGAAAUUGAGACUAAGUUCAUGAUUCAAUAGUCAGAAAGAGACCUUUGGACGAGCAUGGAUCCACUGGAGACCUCAAGAAGACAAACAUCUGGAUCAAAGGAGGAAUGUGGUGGAAGGAGGGCAUGUGCAAACGUUUAGACUCACUUUCAGAGAGUAUCAUGGUGUGGGCUCCUUCAGAUCCAGACAAACUGAUUAAUAAAUCCAUAUUUUUUUUUUUUUAACAGUUAGAGCCUUAUGCUAGGUCAGGGGUCUGUAACCUGCAGCUCCAGAGCCACAUGUGGCUCUUCUAUCUCUCCAUGGUGGCUC